AUGUCCAAAAAGCUAUCGAAUGAAGAAAUAGCACGAGAACUAGAUGAAUACUUUGCUAAUUCUGAAUCUGAAGAUGAAUUAUACGAUUUUGAUCUAGCUAAUGAUGAUUCUGAUCCUAGUUUUUAUCAAUCGAGACCAGUUGAUAAUAGUUUUAUUUUGAUAAAUUCUAAUACAAAUUCACAGUCAAAUGCUAAUGGUGUAUAUAAUUCUAAUCAAGUGCAAUAUAACACACCUACUGAGAUAAGCCAACACGAUUUACAAGCCUCUGGUCUAUUACAUAAUGACCAAUAUUUAUUCAAAGAUGUUGAUAUUGAUGAAGCUCUGGAAAAUGUUGAAACUGAUUUCCAAGACUAUUACAAUUUGUCUAAUCACAUUCUUAAUAUAAGAAAUGAAAAUGAGUCUUUUCAGUCUCCUUCUUCAAGUAUUACACUACAGUCAAGAGUAUCUUCAGAUGCAUUUUCAUCUAACAUCCAUAGACCCUCAAGAUCAUCUAAAGUUCCUAAAGCAAUCAAGACAUUAAAAUGGAAAAAAAAUUUUGAUUUAAAUGAAGCCUCACCUGUUAUAGAUUAUUUUGAAGCAUUUAUUACAAAUGAUUUGAUUGGAAAAAUUGUUUUUGAGACUAACAGGUACGCUCAAGAGCAACCGAUUAUUUCAGAACAUUCAAGAAUGGUUUAUUGGAAAGAUACAAGUAUGGAAGAAUUAUACAUAUUUUUAGGAGUAACUAUUUUAAUGACUAGGAACAAAAAGUUAGAAAUGCAUGAAUAUUGGUCAACUAAUGAAUUAUUACGUCAGGAUAUUUUUGGAGCUACUCAAUACAAAGAUCCAUUAGUAGACAUACUUGGUAAAUCUGGUGUUAUAGUAAAAGAUCUAAUGAAGUCAUAUUUAAACAAAGGUUAUUCAUUAUUCACAGAUAAUUUUUAUACCUCACCACAAUUAUCUAUGUAUUUACAUAAAAGAAAAACAAACACAUGUGGUACUGUUAGAAAAAAUCGAAAACUGAUGCCAACUAUUGAAGGAAAACUAAAAUUAGGUGAACAAGAAGCUCGGUGCACUGACAAACUUUUAGCGAUUCAUUGGAAGGACCGUCGUGACGUAUACAUGUUAACAUCUAUGAAUACAAAUGAAAUGGUAGACACAAAAAAGAUAGAUAGGAAAACAGGAAAAAAAUAUCUUAAGCCACAAUGUGUAGUUCGUUACAACAAAAAUAUGGGUGCAAUAGACAAGACAGAUAUGUUAUUAAGUUCUACCGAAUGUGUUAGGCGUACAUUGAAAUGGUACAAAAAACUAUUUUUUCAUAUUAUUGAUAUGAGUAUGCUAAAUUCAUAUUCAGCCUAUAAAACAGUUACAGGUAAGCAUAUUUCAUUAGCUGACUUUCAGCUAUGGUUAAUGAAAUAUUACAAAAAUACAAAUCCAGUGUGA